AUGAGACUAUCAUUAUCAGAAUUAAAGCUACUAGUAAUAGAUGAAAUAUCUAUGGUGUCAAAUACUGCUUUACAUCAUAUUCACCAGAGAUUAAAAGAAAUAUUUGCUACCUCUGAUUCUCAAUUAUUUGCUGGUUUAAGCGUAAUUGCUCUUGGUGAUUUAUAUCAACUACCACCAAUACAAAGAAAACCUGUUUUUGAAGACUAUAAGAAUGAUGCUUUAAACCUUUAUCACCCUUGGCAUGUCUAUAAGAUGAUUGAGCUUACAGAGAUUAUGAGGCAGACAAAAAUAUGACCAGCCAUUUAUUGAACAAUUAAAUAGAUUCAGAACUGGUUCACAGACUGAUGAAGAUAUUUAGUGCAUUCAAUUCAGGUCAACAAGUCCAUUGGAUGAUAACUACCCAACAGAUUCUUUACAUAUAUGGGCUGAGAAUAAUCCUGUUACACAGCAUAACAAUGCAAAACCAAAGCAAAUACAAAGACCAUUAUUUCAACUGACAGCCAUUGAUCAACAUCCAGCCAAUAUUUGAAAACAAGAUAUUGAUAGAGAACUAGCAACAGUAAGAUCAGAGACAGGUGGACUUGAUCAUGACAUCUUUGUCAAAGAAACAGCCAGAGUUAUGUUAACCACUAAUAUUGACAUAGCAGACAGGCUUAUUCAUGGUCAAAUGGGUACAAUUAUCAAAAUUGAUAUGAAUAAGAACACAAAAAAACCAUCAAUAAUAUAUAUUAAGUUUGAUGACAGUUUGGCUGGAAAGGCCUUAAUUGACAAAUGCAAUAAUACCUUUGCUAAAAAAAACAGAUUGGUACCCAUUGAACCUAUCCUAGCAAGAUUCAAGAUGAGACCUGGUAAGCCAUCAUCGCCAGAAAUACAGCGAAUGCAGUUCCCUAUUACAUUGGCAUGGGCUUGCACUGUAUAUAAGGUACAAGGACUAACAUUACACAAAAUUGUUAUAAGUUUUGAACUUGUGAAACAAAGAUUUUUUAACUAUGGACAAGUUUAUGUAGCAAUAAGGCAAUCUACUACCUUACAAGGCAUUCAUAUACUUGGACAGAUAGAACAUAGACAUUUAUGAAUAAACCUUAAAGUACAUGAAGAAUAUAGGAGAUUAAGAAGUACUUGUGCUUUAGAGCCUCCUGUAUUGACAGACAAAUGUCUCCUGCAUUGACAGACAAAUGUCUAUAACUCUUCUUAAUGUCAGAUCUCUCAAAAAACAUAGUCUUUAUAUUAAAUUUCAUUUCAGUAUCUUUAAUAGUGACCUAAUAGCUCUGACAGAGACACUGUUUCUACCUCAGACAAAUGACAAUGAUAUUAAAGAUCAUUUAGAACCAUUUACCAUAUAG